AGAAACAUCCAGAAUACACUUCCAACAAGAGCGCUGAUCAGGUCAGCUGCUCCUGAGAGAUACUCUAGAAGAUAUGAUCCUACACUUGACUUUGAAACUCUGCCUCUUGCUUAUCACAGUCUCCUCCAACCUUGCCAUCGCAAUAAAAAAGGAAAAGAGACCUCCUCAGACACUCUCAAGAGGAUGGGGAGAUGACAUCACUUGGGUGCAAACUUAUGAAGAAGGUCUCUUUCUUGCUCAAAAAAGUAAGAAGCCAUUGAUGGUUAUUCACCAUUUGGAGGACUGUCAAUACUGCCAAGCACUAAAAAAAGCAUUUGUCCAAAAUGAUGAAAUACAAGAAAUGGCUCAGAAUAAUUUCAUCAUGCUGAAUCUCAUGCAUGAGACCACUGACAAAAAUUUAUCACCUGAUGGGCAGUAUGUGCCUAGGAUCAUGUUUGUGGAUCCUUCUUUAACAGUCAGAGCUGAUAUCACUGGAAGGUACUCGAAUAGAUUAUACACAUAUGAGCCUCAGGAUUUACCAGUAUUGAUAGAAAACAUGAAGAAAGCAUUAAGACUUAUUCAAUCAGAGUUGUAAGAGAUGACAGAAUAAUGCCUUCACUUCAUAGAGGUCAAGUGUCAUGAAGAAAACCACUGGCUUAUCUACAGAUACUAAAUGUGCAAGUAUUUGGACUUUGUAACAUUACUAUUUAGAUUUUUAAUGUGUUUGCAACGUUCUUACAAAGAUAAAAUGAUAUUUUAAU